UUGUUACAAAGCUAUGUAGGUACUCGUUUUGAUUUCUGUUAUUUUUUCAAUAUGUUAUCUCCACUGCGUCACGUGACUAACGUCAUUUCUUUUGCAGGUAAGUCUACGACAUUUCGUAUGGCACUUCCGAAGCUGAUUUCAGUAAGACUCGAAGCAAGGAAAAGAACUUUGCAUUUUCAAAGGCAUAUGUUGGGAGGCUAAACAAGGUUUAUUGUCCUCCUGUGUGAAUUGAUUGUCCCCUGCUGGAAGGAAAAUGAGGUUUCUCCGUAAUGCGAUAAGUAACAUACGUGUCCCGAGGGAUAGGAAAAAUCUAGAAUGAAAAAGAG